AUGGUCUUUGUGCGCGUCGACAUGGCCCAUGACCGCUGUUGUGCUACGGUGUUUCCGCCUGAUAGUGUGACUGCGUCGGUAUCGCCGCCAGAUCCUAGCGGUGUGACAUAA